CCGUUUUUGCUGUUGGACCCUCCCCCAUGCACAUCCCCCCCCUCGCUCUCCCACAGAAUCUUUCGUCUCGGUUUUGUUUUGUGUCGGUCCAAGUGGCUCAACCUAUCCCACCAUUGAACACAUCUUAAAAGACUCGUCCCGUCGUUUUGAACCAUGGCUUUGGACGGAUGUGGCCUCGUGUGCCAGUAUAUCAUCUUCUUCUUCAACGCGAUUUUUUCGGUGCUGGGCUUUGCCCUUUUGGGCCUGGGCCUGUGGCUGAGGUUCAGUGAGAGCACCAAACUGCUCUUUGCGAUCAACGACUCCGGCACAUUUGCGACUGGUGUGAUUUUACUGAUCGUGCUUGGCACAGUGAUGCUGCUGGUGGUUAUGGUCGGAGAAUACGGGGCCUGCAGUAAGAAGAAAUGUGCUCUCCAGUUGUUCUCCGUUCUCUUGUUCAUCCUGGCGGUUGCAGAGAUUGCUGUUGGAGUGCUGGCUUACACCAACAGGAAACAGGUCGCGGUCAAAGUUGUGGAGUUCUACAAUAGCAUCUAUACUAUGUUUACUGUCAGGAGCGACAUUGGCCUUGGUCUCACAUUGUUGUUCAUUCAUGAGAUGUUACAUUGCUGCGGCGUGACAGGCAUCACGGUGUUGGAGGCUGUUCAAGAGACAUGCCCUGCGCCAAAAGGGUUCUUGGAAAACAUCGCCAUGCCUACAUGUCCUGGCGUUAUCUCCGAUUUCUUUAUCAAUAACGCACCAAUAGUGAUGGGCGUCUUCAUUGGAAUCGCAGCUCUUUUGAUCAUUGCUCUAAUAUGUAGCGCGAUCCUCAGUGAGAAGCUCGGCGUGUCCAGCUCAUCUUCUCCUCAUUACAUCAUUUUGACCAACGCUUCUCCAUCCCUGCCUAAUGUGUCCGAGCAUGAACUUGUCUCCGGCUCAAUCCCUGACCAAGAACUGAUCAGUUUCACUCCUCUCACAGCAGUCAACACCACUGCGUGAUAGGCUUAGUCUGCUCAUGUUACACUUUUUUUUUUUUUUUUUAAACAUACACCAUAACUCCAAAUAAAUAGUUUUUACUUGUCA